UAGCAUUAGGAAGAGAUCAUUUCGUCCUUAAUCCAAAUUUCCUUCUUCAACAAAAUCGUGUGACCCGAUCACAAUUGCAGUGGUCACUGCAAAUACAAAACCGAAGAACAUUUCAGGGAUCCAAACGCCCAAUCGGAUUCGCAAGCUCGGAAGAGCGAAAGAGAAACGCAUUGCAAUCUUCUUCGGUGCGUGCGUGAAGAUCGAACCAUGGAUGACGAAUUGCUCGAGCUGCAGCGAGAAUUCGAGUUCGCACAGCAAGCCAAGUCCAGCAUUCGAUUAUCGGAGCGAAACGUCGUCGAAUUGGUCCAAAAACUGCAGCAACUCCAAUUCAUCGAUUUCGAGCUUCUGCACACUGUCUCCGGCAAAGAAUAUAUCACUCUCGAUCAGCUGAGGAACGAGAUGGUGGCGGAGGUGAAGAAAUUAGGGCGCAUUUCUUUGAUCGAUCUCGCUGACGCUACUGGAGUUGACUUGUACUACGUGGAGAAACAGGCUCAGAGCGUUGUAACAGAACACGGAGAACUGAUGUUGACUCAGGGAGAAAUUAUGUCGGAGUCUUAUUGGGACUCGAUUGCAGAAGAGAUUAACGAGAGGCUUCAGGAAUGUAGUCAGAUUGCUCUGACCGAACUCGCCGCGCAAUUGAACGUAGGUUUGGACUUGGUUUCCUCCGUGUUGGAGCCGCGCCUUGGAACAAUUGUGAAAGGAAGGCUUGAAGGUGGACAGUUGUAUACUCCUGCCUAUGUGGCUCGUGUUGGUGCCAUGGUUCGUGGUGCUGUGCGGGGCAUCACCGUUCCCACGAAUUUGACUGUGGUAUGGAGCUCAUUGCAGCAGUUGCUGCAAGAAAUUGAUGGAACCAGUGGUUUGGCUGUUGAAGGAUCUUUCUUCCAGUCUUUGUUUAAUGGACUUGUGAAGGAAGGCAAGGUUCUAGGGUCGCUUCGUGCAGGAGUACACUGGACGCCCGCUGUAUUUGCUGUAGCUCAAAGGGAGUUUGUGGACUCAUUCUUUUCUCAGAAUUCUUUUAUCACAUAUGAAGCGCUGCACAAACUUGGAAUUCCCCAGCCCAUUCAAUUCUUGCAGUCCAGAUAUCCUGAAGGCAAGCCGCUAGUUACAACAUUUGUUCAUUCCUCGAUGAUUGAGAUGGUAGAUGCUUCUACUGAGGAUGCUCUUGACCGUGGUAGCUGGAGUGAUUCUCUUUCCUUAUUGCCUUCAUCAUUUACACCCCAAGAUGCAUCUAAAAUGUUGUCCCUAUGUCAAUCUAUUCAAAAUGCUGUUAAGUCUAACAAAGCACAUAUUUUUGGGGAUUUUUAUGUGUUGAGCAGCAGCUUUAUAAAGGACAUCUGUGAUCGUGUUGUGCGAGAAUUGGAGACAUUAGGUGUUUCAGGGUCUGCUGGUGACUUUCAAGUAUCCAACGAAGCAAAAUUAGGGCAUGAGUCAAGCAGGUUGAAUGACUCCAAUGAGAUGGCGAGUGAUGGUGGUGCCAACAGGCUUGCUGAUAAAGGAUCAAAGAAAAAAAAGGGGAAAGCCACUGGGAAUACAGUAGCAAAUCUAUCUGAAAGUGCUGCAGAUAACCAGGAACAGACUUUGACAAAAUCUAAGAGAGGCCAGAAAAGAGGUAAGGAUACAUCUUCACAGACGUCAGAUUCAAAGACAGGUUCUAGGAAAGAAUUGCUUAAAAUGAAAGAGGAUAAUCCCGGUCCCUCAGAAGAAUGGAUCAUGCAGAAAAUUACAGCAUUAGUUUCCGAUUUUGAAGAACAAGGUAUAGAUGACCCUGAAACAAUUCUAAGGCCUUUGGCUAACCAAUUAAGGCCUACAAUAAUCAGUUCUUGGAUGGAGAAAAAGAAGGCAUUGCUUACAAACAAUGCAGAAAGAAUGAAACGUUUGCUUGAUAAUUUGCAAAAGAAACUUGAUGAGUCUUUCUUAAACAUGCAGCUGUAUGAAAAAGCCUUAGAACUGUUUGAAGAUGAUCAAUCAACUUCUGUUGUUUUGCAUAGGCAUUUACUAAGGACGGUAGCAGCUCCUAUGGUGGAUAUGCUUCUUCAAAACCUGGAUGAGCACAACAAAUUAAAGAAUGGACAUGACGAGCAGGAAGCUCCAAAUUCUGAAUCUGUUUCACUUAGUCCUGGAGACAGAACUGUCAUUUUUAAGAGUUUUCCAGGAGCUCUUGCAAAUAAGGCUCUUGCUGUUGUAGAAGCAUUGGAGGGAAAGAGUGUGGAGAUAUUCAUGGCUGCUUUUAGAAUGGUAACAGAAGAGAGUGGGUUGCCUUUGAAAAAGCUUGACAAGAAACUAGAAAGAACACUUUUACAUUCAUAUCGUAAGGAGUUGACAGCUCAAGUUUCUGCUGAGACUGACCCUGUAUCGCUUCUUCCAAAAGUUGUGUCUUUACUUUAUAUCCAGGUUUACCACAAAGCACUUCAAGCUCCUGGAAGGGCCAUUUCUGUUGCUAUUUCCCAUUUAAAGGAUAAGCUAGACGAGUCAGCAUGCAAGAUUUUAACUGAUUAUCAAACUGCCACAGUGACUCUUUUGACAUUAUUAGCAGCUUCACCCGGUGAUGAAGAGGAUUGUGCAUCUGAUAGGAUUUUGAGUAAAAAGGAGCUUCUAGAGAGCCAAAUGCUGGACCUCAAAAGCUUGGUUUUGAGCACCUCCCAAUCUUCGUAAAAAUUUGUAAAGCCAAAUUGACUGCUGAAUCAAGCUUCAUCGUAAGGAUGCAUUAAUUUUGUGUUGUCUAUUUUCUUAGGUUCAACAAAGCUAUCAUACGUUGCAUUUUGCUAAAGUAGACAAUGCUGGGAAGUUAGAUUAGAUUUUGUCGCUAUUCAUUUUACUCUAAUUCACACUACAAUCAUCAUGUCGCAGGAAAGCCUCUUAACCAAAGAUUUAUACUUGCUUAAUUGAAGGUAUGCUGGUUUCUAAACUCUUCUGAAUGAAAACUUCUUGAGUAGACUAAACCAAUUUGCCAAAUAAACAUUUCAUCAUUUAUAGAAAGCUGACUUUUAGCAAGUGUUGAAUGUUUUACCCUGAAAAUUCUGAAGUUUUUUAUAUUGCAUUUUUUUUUCUUUUACUUAAUUUUUAUGUAUCAAUUCAGUGGCUAAAUGCUAAUGAGCUUGUAUUACAAUCGAAGCUUCUUAAUAUUGCAUUAUCUUCUCAUCGAAA